AAGUUAAAAAUUGCUUAUAAAACUAUGAUUCAACAAGGGAUGGCCUCUGGGUUAGGACUGGGGGUACUUUUGUUGAUUGUCUUCUGCCCCUAUGCACUUGCCAUGUGGUAUGGUUCUAAACUGGUUAUUGAGAAAGGAUUCAAUGGUGGAACCGUCAUCACUGUAAUAGUGGCUCUUAUGACUGGUGGAAUGUAAGUGAGACAAUGACCUUUGAUCGAAUAACUGGCAUAGGCAUGAAAUCAGUUAGGAAUAUAAGAUUUUUUUCUGGAUUUCACAUAGUUUAGCAGUUUAGCAUUCCUAAUGGAGAACUGAAACCCGAUUAAUCUUUCUAACAUUCUCAGGUCACUUGGUCAAACAUCUCCUAGCCUAAACGCAUUUGCCGCAGGCCAAGCAGCAGCAUAUAAGAUGUUUGAGACAAUUAAAAGAAAGCCAAAAAUUGAUGCUUAUGACACCAAUGGUGUUGUCAUGGAAGACAUAAGGGGAGAUAUUGAACUCAGGGAUGUUUACUUUAGCUACCCUGCAAGGAAAAAUGUGCAGAUCUUCUCUGGAUUCUCAUUACAUGUUUCCAGUGGCACAACUGCUGCUUUAGUGGGUCAAAGCGGAAGUGGAAAGUCUACUGUGAUAAGUUUAUUGGAAAGAUUCUAUGAUCCUGAUUCUGGAGAAGUACUGAUAGAUGGCGUCAAUUUGAAGGAUUUUCAAGUUAGAUGGAUAAGAGAACAAAUCGGGCUGGUUAGUCAAGAACCUAUCCUGUUUGCAGCAAGUAUCAAAGAGAACAUAAUCUAUGGAAAAGAAGGUGCAACUGAUGAGGAAAUUAAGUCAGCAAUAACACUUGCCAAUGCCAAGACGUUCAUUGACAAGCUGCCUCAGGGCCUUGAGACAAUGGCAGGCCAGAAUGGGACUCAACUUUCUGGUGGGCAAAAGCAGAGAAUUGCAAUUGCAAGGGCAAUUUUAAAGAACCCAAGAAUCCUUCUUCUUGAUGAAGCAACUAGUGCAUUAGAUGCCGAGUCCGAACGUGUUGUUCAAGAAGCAUUAGAACGAGCCAUGUCAAAAAGGACUACUGUAGUUGUUGCACAUCGCUUGACAACAAUCAGAAAUGCUGACAGCAUAGCGGUGGUUCAUCAAGGAAAAAUUGUGGAGAAAGGAACUCAUGAUGAGUUAAUCAAGGAGGUUGAUGGUGCUUAUUCUCAGCUUAUUCGCCUACAGGAAGGAACUAAGGAAGCUGAGGGUAGCCAUAAUUCUGAAGCAGAGAAGUCAAAUAACAAUGUUAAUUUUGAUAAUCACACAGCCAGAUCUUCCACCCAGAGAGAAGUUUCAUUAGGUAGAGAUUCAUCAAGUAGACAUUACGAGUCACAUAGCUUUGCUCUUUCUCAUCGAAGUGGGGUACAUGAAUCUGUAGAAGUAGAAGAUGAAGAUGGGGAUGUUGAAAAAAAUAAAGUUGAUGCUAAGAAGCCCAUAAAGGUUUCUUUGAGACGUUUGGCCUACUUAAACAAGCCUGAAGUUCCUGUCUUAGUGCUUGGAUCCGUUGCUGCAAUAAUACAUGGUCUUGUGUUCCCUAUUUUUGGCUUCUUGUUUUCCUCAGCAAUAACUAUGUUCUUUGAACCUCCAGAAAAACAGCGGAAAGAUUCUAGGUUCUGGGCACUUCUAUAUAUGGGUUUGGGUUUAAUUACUCUUGUGGUCAUACCUGUGCAAAAUUACUUCUUUGGCGUUGCUGGAGGAAAAUUAAUAGAAAGAAUUCGUUCACUGACAUUUGAAAGGGUGGUCCAUCAAGAAAUCAGUUGGUUUGAUGAUCCUGCAAAUUCAAGUGGUGCAGUUGGGGCAAGGUUAUCUACUGAUGCUUCAACAGUGAAAAGUCUAGUUGGUGACACAUUAGCCCUCAUUGUGCAAAACUUAUCAACAAUCAUAGCUGGUCUAGUUAUAUCAUUCACUGCUAAUUGGAUUCUUGCAUUCAUAAUUCUGGCCGUGUCACCCUUGGUCCUUAUGCAAGGAUUUCUUCAGAUGAAGUUUCUUAAAGGAUUCAGUGCAGAUGCCAAGGUAGAGUAUGAAGAGGCAAGUCAGGUGGCAAAUGAUGCUGUUGGUAGCAUCAGAACUAUCGCAUCAUUCUGUGCCGAAUCGAAGGUGAUGGAUAUGUACCGAAAGAAAUGUUUAGAGCCGGAAAAACAAGGUGUUCGGUUAGGGCUUGUGAGUGGUGCAGGAUUUGGUUUCUCUUUUCUGGCUCUAUACUGCACAAAUGCUUUUUGUUUCUAUAUAGGAUCUGUUCUUGUGCAACAUGGGAAAGCAACUUUUCCAGAGGUUUUCAAGGUCUUCUUUUGUUUAACCAUCACAGCAAUAGGCGUUUCUCAGACUAGUGCCUUGGCACCAGACACCAACAAAGCCAAAGAUUCCGCAGCAUCAAUAUUUAACAUUCUUGACAGUACACCUACCAUUGACUCCAGCAGCAAUGAGGGUAGAACACUAGAAGCCAUUGCUGGUGAUAUUGAUUUUGAACACGUCAGUUUUAGUUAUCCAACUAGGCCUCAUAUUCAAAUUCUCAAAGAUUUGUGUCUAAUCAUUCCAGCUGGAAAGACUGUUGCCUUGGUUGGAGAAAGUGGGAGUGGAAAAUCAACAGUGAUCAGCCUCUUAGAGAGAUUUUACAACCCUCACACUGGACAUAUACUACUGGAUGGAGUGGAUAUAAAAGAGUUCAGACUAAGCUGGUUGAGGCAGCAAAUGGGUUUGGUUGGUCAAGAACCUAUUCUCUUCAAUGAAAGCAUUCGUGCCAACAUAGCAUAUGGCAAAGAAGGAGUUGCCACAGAGGAAGAGAUAAGUGCAGCAGCCAAAGCAUCCAAUGCACACCAAUUCAUAUGUGCUCUUCCCCAAGGCUAUGACACCCCUGUUGGAGAAAGAGGAACACAAUUGUCAGGAGGACAAAAGCAGCGGAUAGCCAUUGCAAGAGCCAUGCUGAAAGAUCCCAAAAUCCUCUUGCUUGAUGAGGCAACUAGUGCACUUGAUGCCGAGUCAGAGAAAGUAGUUCAAGAGGCUCUAGAUAGAGUGAGUGUGAAUAGAACUACAGUAGUAGUAGCUCACCGUCUUACAACAAUUAGAGGGGCUGAUAUAAUAGCUGUAAUGAAAGAUGGAGCGGUAGCUGAAAAGGGAAAACAUAAUGAGUUGAUGAAGAUUAUCAAUGGAGUCUAUGCAUCAUUGGUUGCUCUACAUACGACUACAUAGUAAAUUUUUUUAUCAACCAUCUUUGCUUGGAAAAUGGUUCUUAAAGACAUG